CGAAAAUGAGUGUGACUGUCAGUUGGUGCUAAAAGAAAUGCUGGAGCGGCUUAACAAGGAAGCUGAUGAAGCCUUACUGCGGAACCUGCACCUUCAGUUGGAAGCACAGUUUCUGCAGGCAGAUAUCAGUGUGGCCAAGGACAGGUACAAAAAGAAUCUUCUGGAAAUUCAGACCUACAUCACCAUCCUGCAGCAGAUCAUUCAGAGUGCUCCUCAAGUGCCCCUGGUCACUGGUGUGAUGAGGGAGGAGAAGCUGCUGACAGAACGGGAAGUGACGGCCCUGCGGAACCAGCUGGAGGAGGGCCGGGAGGCUCUCACACACCUGCAGGCACAGAAAGCUGAGCUGCAGGCCCAGACAUCAUCCCUGGAGCAAGCUAUUAAACACGCCCACGAGUGCUACGAUGAUGAAAUACAACUUUACAAUGAGCAGAUCGAAAACCUGCGCAAGGAGAUAGAGGAGGCCGAGCGGUCUCUGGAGAGGUCGUCCUACGACUGCAGGCAGCUGGCCGUGGCCCAGCAGACCCUGAGGAGUGAGCUAGACCGGUAUCACCGGAUCAUUGAGAUCGAAGGCAACAGGUUGAGCUCCGUUUUCAUCGAGACUCCCAUCUCUCUGAUCACCCCGAGCCAUGGUGCCUCUCUCAGCCUUGGGUCCAGUGGAAAAGAUCUCACCAGGGCUGUGCAGGAUAUCACAGCAGCUAAACCGAGACAAAAGGCCCUGCCCAAGAGCCUUCCAAAAAGAAAGGAGAUUAUAACUCAAGACAAAGUGGACGAAACUCUGGAAGACGCAUCAUUAAAAACUCUGCAGGAGCCACAGGUAGCGCAGGUGGAGCUUAAAGCAGACAGUGGCUCUCAGCCGGGACCAGGGGGAGGCCAUAAAGUAAGCCCAACACAAGAAGGAGACCCCGAGGAUGUGCCAGACGGGAGCCAGAUAAGCAAAGCCUUUGGGAAACUGUGCAAAGUAGUCAAAGAGAGAGUGAGUGGCCACAAAGAACCUGAGCCGGAGCCACCCUCUGACCUCUUCACCAAAGGACGCCAUAUACUGGUCACAGGGGAUGCUAGUUUUGUGGACCCUGAUUUCUACUCCUCCUCCAUCCCGGCUAGAGGUGGGGUGGUGGUCUCCAUUGAGGAAGACUCUAUGCAUUACGAUGGUCACGUGGAGCCCUCUCCUGGGCAGCCCAUGCCACCUGUGGAGAAUGGACUGGGGGUUCCCCAGUGCACGGAAGGUGACCACUCAAACCAUCCGCAGAUUACAGACAAGAAUGGGAUAAAGGCCAAGGAACCAAAAGCCCCAGAGGAAAAAGAUGAUGACGGCAAGAAGGAAGAUGAGGGCUCCAGGAGACCCUGCCCCGUGAUCAUACCUGGUCCUGAUGGACCACCUACACCCCAGUCACAGAUGUCUGGGUCCAGUCAGGAUGGCGCAGAAGGACCUGGGAGUCAGAGCAGUAGUCUGCCGGCAAAAAGCCCUCCGAAGGCUUUAGCUUUUAAGAAAGUAGAGGUUGUGGAAUCCAUUGAGAAGAUCUCAACAGAGAGUAUUCAGACAUAUGAAGAGACCUCUGUGAUUGUUGAGACUGUGAUUGGGAAGGCAAAGGGCAGCAAGAAACUGGGAGAGAAGGGCUCCUAAAAGGCCAGGGUUGGAAGGCAGAAAGCGUCUGGGGCUGGAGGAGGGGAAACGCUUUGAGAUGGGCUCCUGUUUGGAUUAGAUCAUAGUUGACCUGUCUGGCACUGCCUUUGACUUUCAUUAAAAUGCUUUAGUUUUGGC